GGCGGGAGGGAGGAGCCCGUGAUGGCUGGUGCCGCUGCCGUCGCACUGUCCCUCACUGCGCUGCCGGCCGCCGCCGCCCCUCCUCCGCUGCCAGCCCCUGGCCGCCGCGUCGCUGUCAUGGCCGAGGAGGAGACCUCCAGCGAAGGGUUAGGAUGGUUAUUCAGCUGGCUUCCCGCCUGGUGUCCCACGUCACUGCUUCACCUUAAAGAAGCUGAGGAUAAAAUGCUAAAAUGUAUCACAAGGACAUACAAUAAACGAUACGUGUAUAUAUCUAAAGGAAAUAAAAUAUGGACACUGACGUUCUCUCCAGACCUUUCACAUAAAACUCCUCUUGUUCUGCUGCAUGGGUUUGGAGGAGGUGUUGGACUGUGGGCUCUCAAUCUUGAAGAUCUCAGUGAGAACAGGACCGUUCAUGCUUUUGACCUCUUGGGAUUUGGACGUAGCAGUAGACCACAAUUUGACACUGACGCUCAGGAAGCUGAAAAUCAGUUUGUGGAGUCCAUAGAAGCAUGGAGAAAGGAGAUGGGGUUAGAAAAAAUGAUUUUACUUGGACACAACCUAGGUGGAUUCCUGGCUGCUGCUUACUCAUUAAAAUACCCAUCAAGGGUAAAACAUCUUAUCUUAGUGGAGCCGUGGGGUUUUCCAGAGAGGCCUGACAAUGCUGAACAUGAAAGACCAAUUCCGAUCUGGAUCAAAGCACUAGGAGCUAUAUUGAGUCCAUUUAAUCCAUUAGCUGGGCUGAGGAUAGCAGGACCCUUUGGAUUAAGCCUUGUUCAGCGUUUAAGACCAGAUUUCAAGCGCAAAUACUCAUCAAUGUUUGAUGAUAACACUGUGGCUGAAUAUAUCUAUCACUGCAAUGUGCAGUCACCCAGUGGUGAAACAGCUUUCAAGAACAUGACUAUCCCUUAUGGAUGGGCAAAAAGACCAAUGCUGCAACGGAUUCCGCAGAUGGCUCAAGACAUUCCUAUCACUGUGGUCUAUGGAGCACGUUCCUGUAUAGAUGGUAAUUCUGGCAGCACUAUCCAGUCUCUGAGACCAAAUUCCUAUGUGAAGACAAUUGCUAUCCUUGGUGCAGGUCAUUAUGUGUAUGCUGAUCAACCUGAAGACUUCAAUCAGAAAGUGAAAGACACCUGUGAUUCUGUGGACUGACUGACUUCUGUUCUUUAGGAAGUUACAGGCUAGAUAGCAUUCAUAGCAAUACUAUUUGGGAAAUCACUAAAAAAUGUGGAGCUAAUGGAACAGGCUCUGUUUGCACACUGUUUCUUCUAAGAAGCCAUUUGCACACUUAAAUCACUUAGUGCCUUAUGGGGGGGGUGGGGA